AUGAAGGUAAAAAGGUACAAACGAAUGAAACGUAUUAUUUCCAUUUAUCGCAAUAAUUUUAAUUUUCAUCCACCAUUUCGAGUCUUAGUUGAUGGGACCUUUGCAUUAGCUGCUUUAAAAAAUCAGAUCAAUUUGCGCGAACAAAUGCCAAAAUAUUUAAAUGAGGUCGUACCAAUUUUUAAUUUAUUAGAGAAAAAUAAUUAUGGUCCAAAACCUGCAUCUGUCUGUCUAUAUGAUAUGGCUAGAAAAAUGAGGAAGAAUGAAACAAAAUAUUUUAUUGCAACCCAGGAUCACGAAUUAACUGAUUCAUUACGAGAACUUAUCGGUGUGCCUAUCCUCUUCAUAAAGUUUAAAAGCAUUUUAAUUGAUAAAAUAUCAGUUUCUACUCUACAGGUUGGUAAAUCUUUUUUAUUUUGUAAUAAUUUUCGUAAAUUUAUUUUGCUCGUCACAUAG